UUGACAAACUUCCAAAUUGAGCAGCUGGCUGUCAGUGCUGAAAAAAGUACGUGUAAAUGUACUGGGAAAAAAAUUAGUUUUAAUUAAUUUAAUAUACACCGUGUUAAGGAAAAAUAAUCAAACAAAAUGUGUGAAUAUAAGAUUUCGGAGCGUGCCUACACCAAGCUGAUAUUUCAUGCAGCCAAAUAUCCACACCAGGCGGUCAACGGACUCCUCUUAGCGGAUAAGAACUCCAAAGGUUCGCUGGUGGAAAUUGUCGAUGCCAUACCGCUGUUUCAUCAGUGUCUACAUGUCACCCCCAUGGCCGAGAUAGCCCUAAUGCAGAUCGAUGCUUAUGCCGAGCGCGAGGGUCUCGUUAUUGGCGGUUACUAUGCAGCUCCCGAGAACUUUUAUGAUAACCAACUGGACAAGGCUCCGGCGGCGAAAAUUGCCGACAAAAUUCAGGAAAAUUACAAAAAUGCCUGCUUUACCCUAAUCGACAAUAAAUUGGUAACUCUGGAGCACAAUCGUCCAGCCAUACAGGUGUAUGGUUGUUCUAAUGAUUUUGGUCGUUGGUCCAAGGCUAAAUUUACCUUAACACAUUCCUCACAAACUCUGGAGGGAGUAUCGCUGCUGCUGAAACGUGGUGCCAUGCGAGAUGUCAUAGAUUUUGAUAAUCAUUUGGACAAUCCCGAAAAUGACUGGACCAAUGAUUUCCUAAACAAAUCACUUAACGAUCUGCAGAAGCUAUAUUAGUUGCCUUAGUUCUAAGGGAAUAGAGAUGAAGGGAAGGCAAAACAAGGAGAAAAAAAAACAGAGCCUCGAAAGGGAUUAUUUCAACCUUGCAAUUUUUAAUUUAUUGUAAUUACAAUUGGAUUUUCAGUAAUCUGUUUUUUUUUUUUUGUUGGUUUUUUUGUUUUUUUCUUUUAGAAUAAUGCAUAUAAGUUAAAUAACAUUCAACUAAUUAAUAAAUAAUCAAUUCUUUUGGAGUACGUGUCUGUCCCAAGUCCGA